CCAAUAUUGAAAAUCUGCCAUUGACCACCAUUGUACUUUCUCUCUGUUUUCUCUCUCACCGCCUUUUUGCCUCUGUGAACAACUCCAAAAAGCCCUCUCUCUUUCUUCUUCUUCACCUUUUUAGAGAGAGAAACCCAGUUAUCUUUUCGGUUUCCUUAUUGAUUUCUCUCUCUCUCUAUAUCUAUAUCUAUAUGUAUGUAUCAUUUCUUCAUUAUUCGUCCAUAUCUCUAUUAAUUCCUCAAUUAACUACAAAACCCAUCUCCCAUUUGUUUGAUCCAACGGCCAUAAAUCAUCUGCUUAUUCAAUCGUUCGACUAAGGAUAUGUCUGCUGAAGUGGCUGAAGGAAUUUGUGAGGCCAGGCAUAUGGAACCUAAUGGUUACAGAAAGGGUAACAAAAGGAAUCUUGUUACCGUUCAAAAUGGUAAUCAUAGCCCGCUGAAUGUAGAUGAGGAGCUGGAUCCAUGGACUGCUUGGGCAUACAAACCUCGUACUAUUACAUUGUUGCUUAUUGGUGCAUGUUUCCUAAUCUGGGCAAGUGGAGCUCUUGAACCGCAAAGUACUUCCUCCAGUGAUGUUACUACUUCUGUGAAAAGGGGCAUUUGGGCAAUGGUUGCUGUUUAUCUUGCUUACUCUUUGCUGCAAGCCCCUUCAACGGUACUUAUUAGACCACAUCCUGCGAUUUGGCGCCUGGUUCAUGGAAUGGCUGUGAUUUAUCUUGUUGCUUUGACAUUUCUACUUUUUCAGAGGCGCGAUGAUGCUCGCCAGUUUAUGACAUUUCUUCAUCCUGAUCUUGGCAUUGAACUUCCUGAAAAAUCUUAUGGUGCUGAUUGCAGACUCUAUGUACCUGAAAAUCCCACAAACAGGUUUAAGAAUGUUUAUGACACAUUGUUCGAUGAGUUCGUUCUAGCUCAUGUCUUAGGGUGGUGGGGCAAGGCCAUCAUGAUACGUAAUCAGCCUCUUUUAUGGGUCUUAUCUAUUGGGUUCGAGUUGAUGGAGCUUACUUUCCGCCACAUGUUACCAAACUUUAAUGAGUGCUGGUGGGACAGCAUUAUUCUGGAUAUAUUCAUUUGCAACUGGUUUGGCAUCUUGGCAGGAAUGCGUACUGUUCGAUAUUUUGAUGGAAGAACAUAUGAGUGGGUUGGUAUAAGCCGGCAGCCAAAUAUUAUGGGCAAGGUCAAGCGAACACUUGGCCAAUUUACACCUGCACAUUGGGAUAAAGAUGAAUGGCGUCCCCUCCUUGGUCCCUGGCGAUUCCUUCAAGUUCUCACUCUCUGUGUUAUUUUCUUGACUGUGGAAUUGAAUACAUUCUUUUUGAAGUUCUGUCUUUGGAUUCCUCCUAGAAACCCUUUGAUAGUGUAUAGGUUGGUUCUGUGGUGGCUACUUGCAAUACCAACAAUUCGGGAGUACAACACUUACCUACAGGACAGGACACCCGUAAAAAAGGUGGGAGCAUAUUGCUGGCUUUCACUAGCUAUUUGCAUUGUUGAACUCUUAAUCUGCGUCAAGUUCGGACAUGGAUUGUUUCCUGACCCCAUGCCCAAUUGGUUAGUAAUUUUCUGGACAUGCACUAGCGUUGGCCUUGUGUUAUGUUUGGCUGCAUGGUCAUGGCAAUUACAUCGUACAAUGAGGAAAAAACAGCAAUGAGUUUCUGCAGUAACUCCAUUCUUUAUUCCUUUGUGUUAUUUCGGGUCACAGGUUGGUAAAUGCCUUGUUUGUGCUGCCUCAGUUUGCAGGUUCUUUCCUAAAUAAUUUUUUUACAGAGUGUAUGUUGUAACUUGAAAGUUUUGCAAUUUCAGUUCUAUAUCCAGGUACUC